AUGUCGGACUUGGACGCCGAUCACCUGAAGGAGCUGGAAAAGAUUUUGCUUGACGACGACCAGGUUUCUGAAGGCCAGCUUCGAGAGGACGUCUCCAAGGAGCUCAAGCCGCCAGGGAAAAGGGAGCGCGUCCGAGGGCGACCUUCACGGAACAGGCGUAAGAGGAAGCGUCGUUCUAGCGAGUCACCUUCAUCGUCAUCUUCGUACUCGUCGUCUUUGGAUUCUUCUGAAGAUUCGGAACUGGAUUCCCACCCCCUACUCGACAGGAGACUAGCGGGGCGGGAGGAGGAGGGUCGAAGAAAAUUCGAACCUCCCUCGCCAUUACAGGAGCUACAGGAGAAGAUCCCUAAGAAAAUCGAAUUUUCUUCGAGUAUUCGCGAGGCCCCCGAGAUCGCUGGUCUGGAAAAGAAGAAAUUGCGAGCUCGGCGUUUGCCCCUCGUGGCCUCACCGCUAGCUACUGUCCCAGUGUUGGAUGAAGGCCUUCGGGCCAUCAACUACCGGCUACCCUUGGAUGAGCAGGCCAUGGUCGCCGACUCGGAAUGUGUCAUGAAUGCCAUAAACCUUCUCGCCAUCAGUCGCAACGAGGCAGCGGAACAACGCUUCGAGAGAGCGGAUUCGUACGUGAAGCAAGCAAUGGAGCUCCUCGGAAUUUCAAUACACGAUUUUAACGUUCGACGCAGAGAGCGCUUCUUCAGAAGCUAUGGAGUGGAUCCAUUGAGAUCGGUUCCAAACUAUCGUCGUCUGCCAGUAGAAGUGCCGACACGCUCAGCUGACAAGCCAUGGAACGAGUUCGCUGGUGGACUUAUUGGAUCAAAACUGGCCACCGAAAUUGUGGAGAAGACCCAGUGCCAGCGUCUCACGGAAGCGCUACUGAAGGAGCGCAAAUCAUUUUAUCAGAAGAGAGACCGUACACAGAAGAGACACCACAGUCGCUCUACGAAAAAGGAGAAGAGUCGAGAAUCCAGGGGAGCCCCACCAAAACUGAGGCGGCACAACUUUUGCAGAGGUUCCCAGUCCGCAGCGGUCGGCGAGGAGGUGCAGAAAAUGCUGGAGAAGGGCGCAAUAGAGGUGGUAGAUUGGCACGAAAAGAUUUGGCUAUCCAGCAUUUUCUGCAUUCCUAAGAAAGACGGAUCACUCCGUCCCAUUAUUAACCUAAAACCUCUCAACAAGUACAUUACCCACGUUCACUUCAAGCUCGAAUCUCUAGAAAUGAUCAGGGACUUAGUCAAUCCGGGAUCGUACCUGGCCAAAGUAGAUAUGAAGGACGCUUAUUUUGCAAUCCCUAUCCACAACGACUAUCGGAAUUACUUAUGCUUUCAUUACGAAGAUAAGCUGUUCCGAUUCAAGGCUCUACCUUUCGGUUUGUCUUCGGCGCCAUAUGUCUACACUCGCGUGACCAGGCACGUAGCAAGAGCCUUAAGGCGGAAGGGAUUGAGACUAUUGGUCUACCUAGAUGACUGGAUAUUUAUUGCUGACAGUGCCAAACAACUUAAGCAGGAUCUAUCGUGCGCCAUCACGUUGUUUGAAAAACUAGGUUUCCUGAUCAACUAUGAGAAGUCACAGUUAACGCCCUCACAGUCAAUGGAAUUCCUUGGAAUUACUAUUGACACUGUGCAGUAUCGUUUCCUCGUUCCUCCACAGAAAGUCUCCCGUUGCUGCCAAGAAGCUCUGGAGCUAGUCAAUCGUAGAAUAGUACGACUGAGAGAUGCAGCAGAGUUCGAACUUACAACAGUGGAUUGGUAG